AUGUCACAGAGAUGGAAUCAGACGGAGUCAGCAAAAUAUUCUUGUUCGAUCUGUUUGGAUUUACUGAAGGAUCCGGUGACUAUUCCCUGUGGACACAGCUACUGUAUGAACUGUAUUAAUGACCACUGGGAUGGAGAAGAUCAGAGGAAAAUCCACAGCUGCCCUCAGUGCAGGAAAGAGUUCAUACCAAGGCCUGGACUGGAGAAAAACAUCAUGUUAGCUGAUUUUGUGGAGGAGCUGAAGAAAACUGGACUCCAACCUGCUCAAGCUGAUCACUGCUAUGCUGGACCUGAAGAUGUGGCCUGUGAUUUCUGCAGUGGGAGGAAGAUGAAAGCUGUCAAGUCCUGUCUGGUUUGCUUGGCUUCUUAUUGCCAAAAUCACCUCCACCCUCAUUAUGAAUCACCUACGUUUAAAAAACAUAAUUUGGUUGAAGCUUCUACUAAACUUCACCAAAACAUCUGCUCUCAUCAUGAUGAGGUGAUGAAGAUCUUCUGCCGUACUGAUCAGCAGUGUAUCUGUUAUCUCUGCACUAUGGAUGAACAUAAAGGCCAUGAAACAGUCCCAGCUGCAGCAGAAAGAGCUGAGAAGCAGAAGAAGCUCCAGGAGAGUCGACAACAAAUCCAGCAGAGAAUCCAGGACCAAGAGAAAGAUGUGAAGCUGCUUCAACAGGAGGUGGAGGCCAUCAAUGUCUCUGCUGAUAAAGCAGUGGAGGACAGUGAGGAGAUCUUCACUGAGCUGAUCCGUCUCCUCCAGRAAAGAAGCUCURAKGUGAAGCAGVAGAUCAGAUMCCAGCAGGAAACUGAAGUGAGUCGAGUCAAAGAUGUKCAGGAGAAGCUGGAGCAGGAGAUCAGUGAKCUGAAGAGGAAAGACGCUGAGCUGGAGCAGCUCUCACACACAGAGGAUCACAHCCAGUUUCUCCUCAACUACCCCUCACUGCCAGCACUCAGUGAGUCGACACACUCAUCCAGCAUCAACAUCCGUCCUCUGAGACACUUUGAGGACGUGACAGCAGCUGUGUCAGAGCUCAGAGACAAACUACAGGACGUCCUGAGAGACACAUGGACAAACAUCUCACUGAGAGUCACUGAGGUGGAUGUUCUACUGUCAGAACCAAAGACCAGAGAUAAAGUACAGGACAUUCCUACAGACACAGGAACAAACAUCUCACUGAAGGUCACCGAAGUGGAUGUUCUACUGUCAGAACCAGAACCGGAACCAAAGACCAGAGCUGAAUUCUUAAAAUAUUCACAAAAAGUCACUCUGGAUCCAGACACAGCACACAGGAAGCUUUUCUUAUCAGAUGGAAAUAGAAAAGUAACAUCAAAACUUCCCUCAUCUUGUGUAUUGCGGUACCAUUUCAGUGAUCCAAACAGAUUCACUGAUUAUAAUCAGGUUCUGAGUAGAGAGAGUCUGACUGGAAGUUGUUAUUGGGAGGUGGAGUGGAGAGGAGGAAGAGUUUACAUAGCAGUUUCAUAUAAGAACAUCCGCAGAGAAGGAAGGUCAGAUAAGUGUGCCUUUGGAUUCAAUAACAAAUCUUGGUCAUUGCAUUGCGACAGAAACGGUUACACUUUUCAUCAUAACAACAUUAAAACUCCAGUACCAGGUCCAGUUUCCUCCAGAAUAGGAGUGUACCUGGAUCACAGAGCAGGUAUUCUAUGUUUCUACAGCGUCUCUGAAACCAUGACUCUCCUCCACCAAGUCCAGACCAGAUUCACUCAGCCACUGUAUGCUGGGGUCCGGCUGUUUGAUGAGGCAGAUUCUGCUGAGUUCAUUAAAGUCAAAUAG